AUGUUAAUUAGCUGUUUCCCAGCGUCCUCUCUAUUUUCUUUCAUUAAAUUUCGUACGACAUUGGCAGAAGAAUUAGAAGAUAUUCAUCAUGAAACGGGACGUGUUCAUCAAUCCUUAACUGAGACACGUCUUAGACAACGGCAAUGGACAAAAUUAUUUUUUAUCUAUGCAAUAUUAGCUUAUGCUGCUAUUAAUUUGGUCUACUAUGCUUAUUUUUUACCAAGUGACUAUCUCCCAAGGUUAUAUUCGGUUGCCUUCAGUGUCUUAAUGGCUGGAUUAAUAUAUGGUUUACAUUGGGUUGUCUGUUGGUAUUUUCGUACUUCUAUUCAAGCUAAGGAAGAACGAAUUCAAUUAUUCAAAGAACGAAAACGAGAAUUACUUGAUAUGGUAAAAGAACGAGAACCAUAUAAUGUAGCACAGGAGCUUUUAAGACGUUUUGAUGGCGAUAAUAUAUCAUCAACGACACCAGCUGCACGAUCAGCCUCGGUUGAUAAAGGAGACGUACGUCAGCGUGUUACUGUGAGUAAGCCGAAUACGCAAACACCAAAUCAAGGACAGUCAGCACAACAACAAAGCAGUCAGAUUCCAGUUACAGUACAACAACAAUCACCAUCAAUACCAACAUCAGGCAAUGUUACACCCGGAAAAUUACCACGCGCAAUUUUACCGCCUCAACGAACGGUAUGGGGCAUGCUUCUGGAUACGAUUGUUGGCGAUGGUCCGUCAAAACGUUAUGCUUUGGUAUGUAAAAAUUGUUAUAGUCAUAAUGGGAUGGCACUUGAAGAAGAAUUUGAAUAUUUGCCGUUUCGCUGUGCCUAUUGCAAUUGUUUUAAUCCUGCCAAAAAACAAAAGCCCGUGUUUCAUGGUGAUAUAAGUGCACACGAUGAACCGCAACAAGUUGUUAAUCCAUCGAAUAUAUCAGCACAACAAAGACAAUCAUCAACAACAGCUGAUAAUAGUGUUCAACAAAUGGACGUAUCCCAUUCAGAAUCUGAUUCUGAUGAUACAGCAUUGAAACCACGACGUUCAAUUCGUGUACCUGAAGUAUCUUCAUCAGUGGCACAUAGUAACAAUAAUAAUGAUAAUAACAAUAUUCAAAAACAUAAUUCACGUUCAUCAUCGAGAGAAAAUAUUCAACGACCAAUGUUAUCAUCGUCGGAUGAGAGUCUUAGUGGUAGUGGUGGAACAAAUUAUAUUGCAACUGAAAGAAAAUAA